AUGAAAAGGAUUGAUCACAGGCGUUAUCACUGGCUCCUGUUAUGCACUUUCCCUUGUCUCUCCAAGAUAAACGCGGUCUACCUUCCCCUUGACAACCAGGCAGUCGUAGCAGUUCUGUCUUCUGAGAGCUCUAACGCCGAAGUCGGCCUGUGGGACGUGUACCAGCCGGCGUGGCAUCUUCCUCAGCGAGCGUCCCUCGUGGGUCGCUGGCCCUCCCGCCGCAGCUCAGCAAUCGCCAGCUUGGCGCCAGGCCCCUUCAGGGAGCCCUGGGCGAGGAGAACCAACCUCACGGGCCUCGUGGUCAGAUGCUACACCAUGGAGUCGCCUCCGACCACAUAUCUCUGGGACAAUACCGAUGGGAGCGUCAACAUCACAGGAAUCUACGGUGAACUCUGGGACGCUUUAAAAGAGACACUCAGCUUCACCGGCCGGUGCGAGCGGUCUCCCGACGGGACGUGGGGCACCUUCCGCGACGGCGCUUGGACGGGGAUGCUCGGGCAGCUGCUCAAGGGAGAGGGCGACGUGGCCUUGGCGCCCUUGGACAGGACGUAUCCGAGGUCGCAGGUCGUCUCCUUUGUGUUUGACCUCUCGCGAGAAUGGUAUGUCCUUGUUAUCCGACGACCUGUGGGAUCGAGUAGCAUGUGGGACAACUACCUCAGGGAAUUCACGCCCUCGGCAUGGGCAGCGGUGGGCGGAUUCCUGCUCGUGACGUCACUGUGUCUGGUGGGCGUGACGAGAUUCUCUCCGGAUGAAACGCCCAUUUCAUUGAGCGACGCCGUCUUGGUUGUGCUUGCGUCUGUUUGCUAUACUGGAACCAGCUUCGCCUUCUUCAGCAAAUCCAACCGAAUCCUGAUCCUCACCAUUUUCCUCACGAGCGUCCUGGUCUACAACUUCUACACGACUUUCCUCAUCUCGACUCUCACGGUGAACAAGCUUACUUUGCCUUUCGAGAACCUGCAAGAGCUCUACGAGAGGAGAACUUACUCGUUUGGCUUCAGCGGCGGGGGAGCUCUCGAUAACUUCUUUAAGCUGUCGUCUCAGCCUCUUUACCGCUCCAUAUGGGACGAGCUGAUCCUCCCGCGGCCGGAGAACCUGAAGCCCUCUUGGCUAGGACUGCAGCAGGUACUGGAGGAGCGCCACGCCUACCUGAUCAACGAACUCUUCUUCCGCAGCAAGUACUUUCACUGCGGCUUCGUCAUCUUGCCCGGCCAGUACUUCCGCGUCCCCAAGUCAUGGGCGAUGCGGAGGAACUCGCCUCUGUUUCCUGUUCUCAAUUACCACCUUAAAGCCUUGGCGGAAUCCGGCAUCCUCGUUAAACUCCGCAGAAAAUGGCUUCCCGACCUGGACGACUGUAAGACGACGGACGCCCAAGCCCUGGGACUAGCCAGCGUCAUGGCACCAUUUCUACUUUUGGGGGUGACGAUGGUGCUUGCCAUUGUUAUCGUGCUUAUCGAGCGUCGUACUUACAAGCGACGCCUGAGGAUGUAAACAGCGAUUGAGACGAAGAUAAGAGGCCUGAGUCCUUGGAAGAUGUCCUGGAGCUGUGGAACAACGUCAUUCUUUCUGGAUAUGGGAGAAGUUUUCAUUAUUUCAGAUCAAGAUACUGUAUUGUAUUAACGGUAUAAUAUGGUGUAUAGAUUGAUAGAUAGAUAGAUAGAUAGAUAGAUAGAGAGAGAGAGAGAGAGAGAGAGAGAGAGAGAGAGAGAGAGAGAGAGAGAGAGAGAGAGAGAGGGAGACAAACAGACAGACAGACAGACAGAGAGAGGAAGAGAGAGAGAGAGAGAAAGAGAGAGAGAAAGAGAGAGAGAGAGAGAGAGAGAGAGAGAGAGAGAGAGAGAGAGAGAGAGAGAGAGAGAGAGAGAGAGAAAUAGAGAGAAAGAGAUGGACAGAGAGAACUCCCGUUGAAUUGUGCAUAUGUCUGUUGUGAAAAUUAAGUUAUAUAGAUUAGUUGAUACAUUACUUUGUGCAUGAAGUCGCCAAUCUUUGUUUUAU